ACAAAUCCCACAAUGAAACAUGGUGGUUGAUUUAAACUUGGGGAAAGUACGGAAGAGACUUAAAACGCGCUUCAGUUUCGUUUUCACUUUUUAUGCUGAGUAACUGUGAGUAACUUUUUGUUCACCGCGCCGCAUUGAAUUACAAAUAUUAGAAGUUUAAGAUUUAUUAACUUCGAUUUGUGAAGUUUCAGGCUUUGAUAAGAACCUCUCCUCCACAGAGACGCUGUUAUGGCUGCUGUUGAUAUUCGUCUUGAGUCGAAAAAACAGGUAAGCACGAAAGCUGUAUCCUGCUAGCACGAUUAAAACAUGUUGUAUAAUAGUGUUUUUUUUACUUGGUUGUGGUCGUGGUGCUGGUUGAUGUGUAACAGGUGAGCAGACAAACGGUCUGAUAUUGUAAUAUAACAAACAGCAGGGGUCGUAUGUAGGGGUCAGGUAAAUAUCAGGUGAUCGGAUAUAAUUGCUGUAAGGAUGAGCUCUUUUAUGCUGGUCUAUAGAUGUAGAAAAUGUUAAACCAAAAUGCAUUUUAACUUCACUUUCUCUUUGCAGGUGGAUGACUUCGGCCUCAGUCUCACCAAGGAGGUAUUUAGUAGAUCUAAAACUGGCACAUUAUCUAAGAGUUAUCACUGAUACUGAUAAUAAAAAUGUAUAUAUGUUACUUUUUGGUCAACAGGCAGAAGGGCUGGUUGCAAAAUUCUUCCCUCAAAAGAUUGAAGAGCUCCAGGUUCUCCUUAAGGUAUGGGUCUCUUUCAUGAGGUGACUGCAGCAGCAAAACUGGGGUCCUGAGGGGUCUGACAGGGCCACUAGGGGCCUCCUCAUUAAUAUAAGGAAACUGUUUUUUUGACGUAAUUUACAUGUUGAAUAUCCUUUACAUCUAUUCCUUGAAUUCUUGCAAAAUUAUUUAAUGUGUUUCCUGCCAGACUUCGUUCACCUGUGAUGACCUGGCAACUCUGAAGGCCCCUCUUGACAUCCCAAUGCCAGACCCGGCCAAAGAGGAGGCCAAACGCAAGAAGAAAGAAGAGGUGAGUUUAUACCAGGGGUGUCAAACUCAACCACAGCAAGGGCCAUAAUCUGGAUUACGGUUUUACCUGAGGGCCAAACAGGGUCAACAUUUCACCAAAACUGUCAACCUUCUUUUCAAAAAAUAUGUAACAAAAACAGCAAUGAUUAUAAAUCAUUUGGAAAUUCAAAAAAGAUAAAAAGAUAAGUUUAAAGGCAAUCUGAGAUAGAUACAUUCAUAUUUUUAUUCUAUUUUUAUUUAUUAGUUCAAAAGAUCAGAGCAUGAUAAUUAAAAAUAGAAAAAUAAUUCUUCUAAAGAGCAAAUACAUGAGGAGAAUGUUGAAAUCAAGUUUAAAAGGUCAAAAUAUGACUUAAAAUUUAAAAUUGGAAUCUAAAGUAUAAAUAUGAAACAAGUCCGAAUACUGAGUUGAACAAAAGCAAAGCACGAAAUAAAAAAAUCCAGUCAUGUUUGACUUGUAAUCUUGAAAUGCAAAAUUGAAGACAUGAAACAAAACACCAAAUAUUUUCCCCCCACAUUCUUGACUAUUUAUCAAAUCUUCCUUUCUCUUUAAUUUCCCAGAUUUUCGUGGUUUAUUAAAUAAUGGUGCUCAAGUGUACAUUAUUAUACUGUAGGAAAUCUGCAGACCUCAUACUGGUGGGCCAAAAAUAAGACAAAUAUGAUAUGAUCUUGUGGGCCAGAUAUAAUUGUUCCACAGGCCAGAUUUGGCCUUGAGUUUGACACCUGUGGCUUAGACGUAUUUAAUAUUCCAACAUGUUUAAGACAUGGAGAUAAAAAAUUAAGAGGAAAGUAAGUGAAUCCAGUAUUUUUAUAUUAUAAGUACAUGUAAUCUUAGAAAGAUCCUUCUUUAGAAACCAAAAAGAUUAAGAGUUUGUUUGUAAAGCAUCACAUUUUAUAAAUGAUUAUGAAACAGGAUUUACAGUCAAGCGUCUUGUCUUCUUAUUUGAGCCUGUCAAACUAAGAGUCUUUGCCAAGAGUUUAUAUUUAACAUCUCAUAAGAUAUACAGUCAAAACACAGAGUCCUACGUUACUGUGGCAACGGUCCCUGUACAAUUUUGAAAGGCUGUUUUAAAAUUUGGCAGUGAGUGGGUGUUAUACUGUAUUAGUGAGCUUCACAAAAAUCUCAUCUUUUUGCUUUUGUUUGGCAUGAAAUGACGAUUGGACAGCAUUAGAUCAAACUUGUUAAAAUGAAACAUGAUUAAUAUAGGGUAGCAGUAUCCUGCAGGUGAUACAUGCAACAUCAGCAUGAAGUCACUCAGUGUUUUUUGCAAGUAUCUUAACUGCAUUGCAGAUAAAAUACCUGCACUAGUUGAACUGUUUCUCUUAUCAUUAAUGAGUUUUUGUAUUAUUAUCAGUUUUCUGUUUCUGGUAAAAUGAGGAAUAAAAAGUUUUGGAUUAUACAGGAAGGUCUUGGAACAGACUUGAGGCUGUUGUACAACAUUCAGUUACACUUUAUGCCAAAACAAGAGGAACUAGGUCAUAUUUCUUCAGAAAAAAACAUUAGAAAUUUUACUUUUUAUUGGCUGUGAAAACUCUCUUAACCUGCUGCCCUUUGUUCCCUUGAUGCAGAAGGAAGCGAAGGAAGGAAAGAAAGACAAAGACGAUGAUAAAGAGGAAGAAGACUCAGGUAAGUGAGGAGAGACACAACAAUGAUAACAACUGGUUAGAGGUAACCAGGGGAGCCAUUAUGUGGUUUUCUACUCUUUUCAAACAGGAACGCAGCCAACUAAACAUGAAUAUUUGACUCUGUGACAAAGUAAGCAAUGUUUUGGGGUUUUGUUUUCUCAACCAGGGCCUCCUUGUGGCCCGAUUUUCAGCAAUGAGCGAGUGGAGAGUCUCCUGCGCCAGGUCAAGCCUGAGAUUCAGACCCUGAAGGAGAAGCUGAACACGGUUAGUCUCCUGAAUAUUCUCCCUGCUUCAUUUUAUUCAAGAUAAUAAUGUUGAGAUUAUCUUAACUUUUCUCAUUGCCUGUGAUUGCACAAGAUUUUUCAUACCAAGAAUUGCUUUCAGUGUAAUUGCAUCAAUGAACUUCUCUUUAAAAGAUGUAUUUUUAAUCUAUGAUAAAAUGAGGAUCAGCACUGUAACCAUCUUAUACUCUGUAUAAGUUAAACCACUCUGUUUUUUCUGGCAGGUGUCUAUGUGGGUGCAACUCCAAAUCCCCAAAAUUGAAGACGGUAACAACUUUGGAGUUGCUGUUCAGGUUGAUAACUGCUAAAAAGACCAGAUUAUCUUUUCUUUUGUAUUGCUUAUACCUGACGUGAAACAUACUGAAAUAUUGUCCCUUCAUUCUCGUCUCUUAGGAGAAAGUGUUUGAGCUGCUGACAAACACACGCACCAAGAUUGAGACAUUUCAGACUCAGCUUGCAAAGUAAGAAUCCACACCUAAACAGCGAAUCUGUGGUAGAACUUUAUUCAUUUGAAUAAGAUGCAGUUUUAUAAAUAAAAAGAUAAAACAGAUGUAAUUUUAACCAGUGAACUCGAUUUAAUCAAGGGCCAAUAGUCUUUUCAGAUUUGACUAAAACACGAUUUUCAUCGGAGUGGGUCUUUAACUACAUGUGCACACAUUACUGACUAUGCCACCAGUUGAUAUUUUGGGCUCAUUGUUUUGCUCCAGGACACUUUAACAUGAGAUCUAGGGAGCUGAGGGUAAACCACCAGUCUUUUAUUACACUGCAAUAGCAUAUCAAUGCUAGUUCUAUCUCCAGUGCAUGCCACUUUAAGCCACAUUUUCCAUUAUCUUUCUGGGGUUUCGUCAGGUACUACAGCGAGAGAGGUGAUGCUGUGGCCAAAGCUGCCAAACAACCUCACGUGGUCAGUAUCUCAUCUUUUGUUUUCUUGAUCUGGAAGAUAAGGUUCUGUGUUUUAACAAUCACACACUCAGUGAUUAACUCCAUUAAGAUGGAAACAUGGAUGUUCACUCUGUGCCACCUGCAGACUGUAUGCCCUGUUUGUGUAACAAAUAAAGGCUAUUAUGGCAAUGUUCUGCUGUGUGCAAAUUGGGUACAUACGGGUUGUGCCAUGUCUUGUAUGUUUUUGCAUAUAAACUCUGUGUUCUGUUCACAGGAAGACUACAGGCAGCUGGUUCAUCAGAUAGACCAGUUACAAUACUAUGAGCUCCGCCUUGUGGUGCUGGACAUCUGCAACACCUACGUAAGACACCUACGUAAUAUGGUUCAAUGUCAGGCUGCUUUCCAAAAAGAUUGAUUGUCAUUUAUGCGCUUGUUUCUGAAAAUAGAUAAAGGUUAAAUCAAACAGUACAGAGACUGUCAGCGAGGUACUAAAAUGACUGCACUAAAGCCUGUCUGCCAUCACUUGUAAUUACACACUGUACUCUAAAUAAAACUGCAUGUGUUUGUAAAUGAUCCCAGCCAUGUCCCAGAAACAGGGACAGCAGCUAAAUGAAAUCCAUUUCUUCUUAAUGAGGAGGGUAAUUAAAGUAAUUGCUGUGCUCGUGUUGAGCUGAUUGGUGUUGCAUCCACCACCCAUUAAUCACUGUUUGUCUCCUUCCUCUGGCUAUUGUCCUGUGUUUAAUCCUGUUAAUGAACAAGGCGGAGCAGGUGAUGAUGAAAAGAGCUGUUUGACAAUAUUACACACAUCCAUCUGCCUGUCUCUCAUGCUGUCCAACUUUUUUUUUACAUCACAUUUCACUGAUGUCUCCCUCUGUUUUGUUUUCCUCAGGCUGUGCUGUUUGACAUCAUUACCAAGAACUUUGACAAGAUCAAGAGGCCCAGAGGAGACGGCAAGGCUCUCAUCUACUGAGACCGACUCAUUGAGGCGUCCUAACAAGACACAACCAGUGUAGUAUGGCACUCUUAUCGAGUAACACCACACCUACUUUGACAAAAAUGCAUCUUCUUUUAUACUGUGCAUUCAUUUUGGUUCCAAUUACGAAAUAAAACACCAUUUCCACUCACCUA